CCGCUACAGCAGCUCAACGAUAAAAUGCGGCACGGAUUUGAUGAGGACUAUAGCCUGGAGAACUUUCUCAAUUUGUUGGCCAAUACCUUCUAUAUCUACUUUGAUGAUAAGAGACAAAACACAAACGGGAAUCCCAUCACAGCUGAGAUGAAGCAGCUGGGCAAGUACUACAAGAAUUACCAGCCGAUAACCGAUUGGAAAGUGAUGAAGGAACGUCAAAAAACUAUUAGUGCCGUUUUGGUGCUCUGUUUGAAUCUAGGCGUAGAUCCCCCAGAUAUCAUGAAGACAUAUCCGUGUGCUAAGCUAGAGUCGUGGUGCGACCCUUCUUCGUUUCCUGAUACCAAAAAAGCCAUAGAAAACAUAGGCAAGAACCUCCAGUCACAGUAUGAAACACUUUCGUUGAGAACGCGGUAUAAACAGUCGCUUGAUCCGUGCGUGGAAGACGUCAAACGGUUCUGUAAUACCCUCCGUAGAAAUGCCAAAGACGAGCGUAUCCUUUUCCACUACAAUGGUCACGGUGUUCCUCAGCCAACAGCAAGUGGUGAGAUCUGGGUGUUCAACCGAGGCUAUACACAGUAUAUUCCCAUCUCACUUUACGAUUUGCAGACAUGGCUAGGAGCACCUGUCAUUUUUGUUUAUGAUUGCAACAGUGCUGGCAACAUCGUACACAACUUCAAGAAGUUUGUUCAGAAGAGAAUAGACGAUGGUAAUGAAGGAAAUCACGAUACCAGUGCCCCAUCUCCAACUUCGGCUUACUUGGACUGUAUCCAGAUGGCUGCCUGCAAGAGUAACGAGCUUCUUCCCAUGAGUCCGGAUCUCCCAGCAGACUUGUUCACCUGUUGUCUCACCUGUCCUAUAGACAUCAGCAUUAAGUGGUUCAUCAUGCAGAGCCCACUCAAGAAGAACUACUACUCGUUAUUGCCCAAGAACUCUGUAGGAAACGUAAUUAUCCCUGGUAAACUCACGGAUCGAAGAACACCCCUAGGUGAGUUAAACUGGAUCUUCACCGCUAUCACAGAUACAAUAGCCUGGACUUCGCUUUCAAGACCCAUCUUCAAACGUCUUUUCAGACAGGAUUUGAUGGUGGCAGCACUCUUUAGAAACUUCUUGCUUGCAAAACGUAUCAUGCCUCACUUGAACUGUAACCCUAUUAGUGAUCCACCGUUGCCUGACUUGGUGCGGUUUCAUCCAAUGUGGGACUCAUGGGACUUGGCUAUAGACCAGGUGUUGGCACAAUUGAUCAAGAACCACAAUCUUGAUCCUACUACAACUAUUCCCGUGCCUUCAGCUGCUAACUCUCACUUUGCAUCACAACCUACUGCCAAUGGCACAGGUGCUGUUACAGCAGGCCAAAACUUGACCAACUACCAGCAUUCUACAUUUUUCGAGCAACAGCUCACAGCCUUUGAAAUCUGGCUCAAAUACGCAGGUCCCUCUACAAAAGAACCCCCUGAACAGUUGCCAAUAGUUCUACAGGUUCUUUUGUCUCAGGUUCAUAGACUUCGUGCUCUUAUCCUACUUUCUAAGUUCUUGGACUUGGGUCCUUGGGCUGUGUAUUUGUCACUUUCUAUUGGUAUCUUUCCAUAUGUAUUGAAAUUGUUGCAGAGCCCAGCUCAGGAACUAAAGCCAGUCUUGAUUUUCAUUUGGGCCAGAAUCAUGGCUAUAGACUACAAAAGCACACAACAAGAGUUGUGCAAGGAUAAGGGGUAUAACUACUUCUAUCUCAUCUUGAAUUCCAACCCUAUGAAUCCUAUUGGAGCUCCUGGAGCUCCUGGAAGCUUUAGCGGUGCUGCAGGAAACACCAGUAGUAUUCUCAUUAAUGACGAUCACAAGGCUAUGAGUGCCUUCAUUUUGACGUUGUUUAUCAAGGACUUCAAGAACGGGCAGAGGUUGUGUUUUUCUAUCGAAAUCAUCAACAACUGCUUAAAAUUCAUUCAGACAAGUGAAAAUCCGCUCUUGCGACAGUGGUGUAGUUUGCUAUUGUCGCAACUCUGGAAUAAGUACCAUGAUGGGAAAUGGAUCAUAUACAAAGAUGGCUACUUGAACAAGCUUCUUUCGUUGAUCAAUGAUCCUAUUCCGGAAGUAAGAACUUCUAUCAUUGUAGCCAUCACUAAUUUCCUCAGUGUGUAUUCGACGGAUCAACCACCUGUUCCACAGCAGAAUUCUUCAUUUGACUUGAAGAAGGAUGAAGUAAGACAACAGGAUCUCAAGUUAGCCAAUACAAUCUUAAGUUUGCUUGGGGAUGGCUCGUCGAUGGUGAGAAAGGAAAUUGUAUUUUUCAUCAACCGAUUCGUCACCAUAUACUUCAAGUUCUUCUUGGUGGUUGCUUUCAAUCAGUUAGAAGAAGAAAUCGUCUUGAUUGAUAACUCCAACUACUUGAACGACUUCAGAAAGAGAUCGCCCGCUUAUGGUUCUAUUUUCAGUACGAUCUGGAAAUCCCUCUUGAUUCUUUCUGAAGAUCCACAUCUUGAAGUUAAGCAAUUGGCAGAAACUUUGAUAGAUUCUGUCAUGGUCAAGUUGAACGAAAGUGAGUUGGGACCAUUAGUCAAAGAAAUGCAAGACUAUUUAUUAAAUAAGUCUACUAUUAAUAUCAGCGACAGCUUCAAGCCAUCGAAACCUAUCGUUAAUCGUCAAUUGGGCCAUAAUAGACAGGUUUCCAGCGCAUCCAUGGUCAACAGAAAAUCAAACAUGUUGACCAUAAACGGCUCUUCUAUCACUACCAGAUCAGUAUCUGCUAAUAACACGAACCGCAACCUGAUGUAUGAUGACAGUGGCUCAGACACAGAAUCAUUAUCUUCCAGACUCAGGAAUUUCUCUUUGAACAAUCUUUUCAAGUCAUUCCAGAUGAAUGAGGAAACAGACAUCAAGAAUUUCUCAAGAAUACUCAACUCGGGACCAGUACAAACCAACUAUGGCAACGAGUACCGUCCCAAAACUCCAUUGUAUAGAGCAAGAGACUUAUCUCAGGUUCCAGAGUUGCCUGCCGAGUCUGGAUUCUUUGAGUACAGUUGUGAAUACUUCCAAGAGCCACAGAUGUCUAAGAAUGAAAUUGACGAGCCCGGUUCAAAAGAAUACGUAAAACGGUUAUGGAGACGUAACAGAAACGAGUCCAUCAUCCAAGAAACUCAACCGCAAAAAGAAUUGGCUGUUAGGGGUGAUUGGAACAGAAACGUUAAGACUUUGAAUAACAAAUCGCAGCCUAAGUUCAUCAAAUUCACUCAGUUCGAAAAGAUUUUAGUUGCUAGUGACGAAAAGGAUAAUGUGUCUGUUUGGGAUUGGGAAGAGAAUAAGAUCGUCAAGAAGUUUUCCAACGGCAAUCCUUUUGGUACUAAGAUUACAGAUAUGAAAUUUUUGAAUGAAGACGAUCUUCCAUUGUUGCUCACUGGUUCUUCUGAUGGUGUUAUUAAAAUCUACAAGAACUUCCACAACUAUGAAGAUGAAAGCGAAAACGAAGUCAACGAUACAAGAAUUGAGUUGGUAGCUUCAUGGAGAGCCUUGACGGAUCUUUUGUUGACUUCCAAGAGUUCAGGGUUGAUUUCAGAAUGGCAGCAAUCCCGAGGUUCGUUGCUUGUAAGUGGUGAUGUCAAGAUUAUACGAGUCUGGGAUGCUCCCAGAGAGUUGUGUUUGGUGGAUAUUCCGGCAAGAUCGUCUUCUUCCAUAACUUCUUUGACUUCGGACCAAGUUGCAGGAAAUAUAUUUAUAGCUGGUUUUGACGAUGGUAGUUUGAGAGUGUAUGACAGAAGAUUAGACUCGCGUGAAUCCAUGGUCAAGACUUGGAGAGGUACGAGAAGUGCCAAUGUCAACGGUAGCAACUCUCCUAUCCGAACCAUCGGCUCGGGAUCCAUCAGAAAUGUGCACAUGCAAAGAGGUGGAUUCAGAGAGCUCGUCAGUGGCUCAGGCGACGGAUAUGUCAAUCUCUGGGAUAUCCGUUUGGAUGAGCCGGUGUUGACAUUCAACGCAGCAGAGAAAUCAAUGCGUUGCAUAGAUACGCACGAACACGCCCCCAUCAUUACUACUGGCUCUAAAGCUGUCAAUCUUUGGACUACUUCAGGAGAUCUUAUCUCAACAUUGAGAAAUCCUCAGGAAACAUACUUGACCAAUCGUACUUCAAGCUACUUGUCAACAACGACAUUCCAUCCGCACAGAAUGACAAUGGCUACUAACUACAACCAAGACGGACAUAUCAACGUAUACACCUGUAGUGAUACUGUUGUGGAGUAUUGAUAGACAGCUCAGAAAAGACGAAUAAAUGCAUCUU